AUGGCGGCCAACGAGUCAUCGGCAGUACCGCCGCCUCCACCGCAACAACAGAAGAAACGUUUCUUCAGUUCGCAGACCAAACAACAGCGACAGGUGUUCAAUAUGAAGAACUUCUGGUCGGACGCACCGUCUAAUCGACGAUCGAUGACAACAGCUGCGACUGCAUCGGUAAAGACAAAAACAAUGUCAAACAAAUCGUCGUCAUCAUCGACGGCGGCCAAUAUAUUUGAUGUACAGUAUCGGUGGCGACCGAAAACCACUAUCGAUACUAACGAUAAUAAUAACGCCACCGUUGCUGCCCAACGAGUGGUAACGGUAUCCGCUGUUACCGCUGCAACCGCUGCUGUCAAUAAUACUCGACGACAACGACGACAACCAAAACAACAACAGUUGUCGCCAACAAUACCCGACUCGACUGGAUAUACUGUUCACUCAUCCGUGUCGUCGUCCUCUUCCGCGGCCUCAUUGUCGCCCAACAACGGCAAUACCAACAACAACAACAACUCGCAUGAGAUCUAUUUGGCCAGUACUCCGUCGGCCACCAAUGCCUCACAGUUGACUACACGUACUAAAACAUACAAUAGACAAACACGAUUGGCUACGGCAGCCGGACAUACGGUACAGGAGAAAACUGUUACGACAAAGACUAUUAGUGUGGUUACCAAUGAUAUUGUGGUGUCGUCGGAGGCUAUGGAUGCCGCCGCAGCCGCCGACCACAACAGUAAUGUGUCGUCCGAUGAUUGUUUGGACACCGGAAGAAACAGUGUUGACAUUGAUUCGAUGGACAUCACAGCGUUGACCACAACAGAAACGACAGCAUCGACAACAACAACAACAACGGCCAGUAGUGUCCAAGCAAUCACAACACCCGAUGAUAUUGUCGACGACGACGACAUGAUGUUACCUACGACAGAGUUGUUGUCUUCAAACACCACCGACACCGUCACCACCACAACAACUACAACAUCAGACACAACGAUAGCCGCAUCUCCUCCGUCAUCCAUGUCAUCAAUGAUCACAACCACAACAACAAUAGCUGAUACCUCAACCGCCGCCAGCGAUCAAGUGAUAGCCGCCGCCGCCAAACCAAAGCGUAAAAUCUUUUCGUCGUUACACAAGAAGAACCGGACGGCUGUAUUCAAUACGAAAAACUUUUGGACAUCCGGUACGAUGGACUUUACCGACGACGACGGCAAUCCGAUUGGCUCGGAAUCGAUGACAGCCACCAGUGCUUCCAGUGGUGGCAGUACGGGUGCCGCCAGUGCCUCAGGCGCGACCACAACGACUGCGGCCGGCGCGGCCAACAAAAACAAGUUGUCCGACGAGUUUGACAAAGAGGACGACUAUGUGGUACUGCAUCGGGUGAAGAAGGCUCACCAAUGCCACGAUUUGGGCGAAACGGAACAGUUUGACGACGAUAUUAAAUAUCAUUUAAGUGGUAUCGAUGUGUCCAACUCGUCGGCCAUGAGAUGUCUCAGUAUCUUAGGUCUCACCCAACAGGCGAUGCGACCCGAGUUUCGUAUGCAUUUGCGGGCACACGACGACAUGCCGCGCAUUAUCAGUGCCUUAAUGGACGCUCCGACCGACGCCAAUCUGGCUUUAUGUACGGCUUGUCUGAUGUUUGUCUACAGUCAGGAUCGGCUGACAAUGGACAUCGAUCCCAAUGCACUGGCGCUGAUGCUUCAGUUGCUUGAAACUCGGAGCGAUGAGUGCAACGGUGUGGACAGUCGUCAUCGGGACAAAGUAAAAGAAAUGUGCGAACAGAUGAAGAAUAAGGGCAUACAUGUGGCCAAGUAUCUGAAACUGACGGAAAUUACUGCCGGUAAUCUAGCAAUGGAAACACUAUUGGGACUGACAUCGAAACGAGCUGGCGAUUGGUUUAAGGAAGAGUUGCGUCGAAUCAAAGGCAUCGACUUUAUAUUGGAUACUGUCCUCCGGUGUGCCGAACAACACGAAGAUGAAGGACUGAUGAUCAAAAUCGACCGGUGUAUGCAUGUCCUCGAAAAUGUUACCUUAAAUAACACCGAAAAUCAAGUCUAUCUACUCGAAUACAAGAACGGCCUACUUAUCAGCACCUGUAUCCGAUUACUUCAUUCAUGCAAAUAUCGGAUACUGGCGUCCAAUGACUCGAAAGUGUUUUUAUCGGCCUUUUUCUCGAUUCUUCGAGUCUUAACUCAUCUAACAUCGGAAAGUGUUGACGGCUGUUCGACAAUCGGUUCGUACGACGGUAUCAUUGAUUUGCUACUCGAAUCGAUCAUCGAAUUGCCAUCGUUUAUCAUGUCUGACCAGCGAUUCGAUCUAAUGGUCAUACUAUUGUGCCUAUGCAUCAAUUUGGUUGAAUUUUGUCCACAAAUGCGCGACUUGGUUAUCAAUAAUCGUUUGAAGCUCCGGGAUAUCAUCGAUCUAUUGUUUCGUCGUAUACAAGAAGCACAACGAACCGAACAGCAAACCGAUGAACUGUUGGAAUCGCAUGAAAAAGUCCAGAUGACCGAAGCCAUGCGCGAUUCACUGUUGCACACAAUGCUGUCCCAAUCGGGUAACCAUAUGGAGCACAGCAUAAUCGCUGCCUGUAUAUCCCUACUGCUAGGCUGUACCAUACAGGACAACAUGAGAUAUACCAAUGCAGUCCGGGAUACUCUACCUAACGGUUCGUUUGAUCCGUUAGUCGAAGUAUUGCAAAAGCUCCGGGAUUUUGCAUAUCUAGCUGAUAUAAUGACCAAAAAAGGCAAAGAAAGAGUCGACCGAAUCAUUCAAGUUUUCAAAGCGUCCUAACAAUGAAUUAUUAGUGAUUAGUAAUUGGUUUUCAAAAAAAAAAUAAUUAUAUCAUUAAUUAUACACUAAUAAUAACACACACACACACACAUAAAAAUCAUAUGACAAUACUAUUUGA